AUGAUACUAUUCCUUUUUCCCCUCUUCUCUCUCCAAAUCUUAACGUGUCUUGAAUUAAAUACAGCCACUGAACUGUUGCAAAGAUUUGGAGCUGCAAUUAUUUUGCGAGACACAUCCCUGAUCUCAAGAAAUGUUCAUGACAAUUAUCAAUUGACAACUUGUGGAAAUUCGAGACUGAAUAAAUUGAAACUUUUGGAAGCGAUUGAGAAUCUUCCGAUGGAAAAUGUGACGUUGUAUCAAUUCAAAAUCGAGAAAAUAGAGGAAAAUCGAAAUUCGAUAUUCAAUGUUCGAACAACGAUUGAUGGCUUUGAAGUGGUAUUUGAUGUUGUGAAACAGCAAAAUGGCAAAUAUUUAUUGCUUGGUGAACGAGACUACAAUUGUGCAGAGAAGAACAGUUUGAGCACAAUGCUCAUUUCCUAUCCACCAAUGGCGAAAGCUAUUGCAAAAUCAUUGAUCAGAAAAUAUAUUCGAGCUAUCAGUGAAAGAAGUUACCCGAAAUUCUGGGAGAUUGCAGAGAAUCCUUACAUUCUUUAUGGAUGUGCAGAUGGUAUAGAUGAUCGAAAUGUUGAAUUUCAUAGUUAUCAAUUAAACUUCCCUGGCUAUCAUAUAAAUCAAGAAAGAACUAAAAAUUUAGUUGAGAUUAGGAAUGCACAAUUUCGCGAAGGUACCAAUUUGGCUCUUGAAUUCUCGGUUCAUGGAGGUGGUUUCAAUAAUUUCUUCCACGCGACAAGAGAUGAAAAUAAUAUCUAUAAAAUCAAAUAUGAUCAAUUGUAUACAUGCAGUGAAACACUUCCAACAAAACUGAAUUAUAAUGAGAUUCAAUACGCUGCUGUGAAAGAUGAUUGA